AUGGUCAAUCCGAAGCUAGAGCAGAAGCAAGCAGAGAUAAGUGACGUGAUCGUAAUAGGCGCAGGCCCGCAUUCGCUGGCAGUAUGCAGUCGUCUAUUAGAGCCAUCUCCCAGUGCACUCUAUUCAGACCUAGAGCAUGUCAGAUUAUCCUUUCUCAACAAACAGAAAAAUCACCGUCGUGGACCUAAAGGCAACAAACGGAAACUGAUAAGACAUCGAAACACACUGAGUGGAUUAAACGUCCGCGUAUUUGAUAAAAGCCCAUGGACUCACACCAACGGCACGCCUGAGAAGAAGUUCUGUGCGAAUUUUCACAAUCUCUUCAAAGGUUUGGAAAUAGAGUACAUGCGCUCGCCUAUGUUCUUCCACUCGAAUCCUCGGGAUGUCGACGCCUUACUGAGCUAUGCUUACGCGAACAAUUACCACCUCAGGGAAAUUCCCGGCGUUGUCGGCAAAGAGGUGAGCAAGCACAAGAAGCGACAGGCGAAGAACGGAAAGAGGGCGACGAACGAGGAUCCAAUUAAUGAGCGCUACCGGGAAGAUUUCCAGACGGCAACUUCUGGCUGUUUCUUCGAUUUUUGUCGCGACGAUAUAGAGAAGUAUUACGGGUUGGAUGGGGUGGUGGAGCACGGUGAAAUUACGAACCUCAGCUACGACUACCAUGACGAGAACCACCCUGAGAAACUUUUCAAGGUGAUCAAGCAGGAUGGCGAGCAUGCCCUUGCCAAGACUGUCGUUUUGGCUAUAGGGAACAACAAUUGUGCAAAUUUGCCAACUUAUCUCAGCGACAAAACAACGCACAAUAACAAUCAGAUUGGUUUAGAGGGCGAAGGAUGGUGCCACACAUCAGUAUUUGCGCGCCCUGGGUAUACUUUCCCGGGACCAGCCCUGCAAAAACCAGGAUCACGUCUGUUAGUGAUAGGAGGAGGUCUCACGUCUGCGCAAGUUGUCGAUAAAGCGUACAAGAACGGCGUGCGCGAUAUAACACUUUUGAUUCGCUCAGACAUCUCCGUCAAGCCGUUCGAUUUCGACACACAGUGGAUCGAUAAAUACCAGAACUUGAACAAGAUGAUUUUCUGGCAGGAGGAGUGCAUGAAUGCGCGGAUGGAGAUGAUCAAGAAUGCGCGCAAUGGUGGCAGCGUCAACGUACCCUACUACAAGAGGUUGCGCGAGCUGGAGAGUUGCGGAGUGCUCAAGAUACACACGUGUACGCAAGUAACCAAGCUUGUACGCGAUGAGUGUUUGUGGGAUGUAUGUGCAGUGACUAGGAAGAAUACCAGUCGCUCUCGCGAAACACCCCACGUGCACCACAUGGACAAUCUCAAAUUUGAUUAUCUCGUCGCUGCUACUGGCUCGAGUAUUGACAUAAACAAAAUAGACUUUCUGAAACAGUUCCUCAGCGAGAACCCAGUUAAGAGCACACAGGGCCUGCCGCAUAUAACGGAAAAUCUUAAUUUGGAAUUGGAGAGUGAUAUACCUGGAGAUCACCAAACACCACUCUUUGUCACUGGCGGUCUCGCCGCUUUGCAGCUGGGCCCUUCUGGCUACAACCUUGCCGGUGCGCGCGAUUCAGCAGAACGGAUAGCAACGAGUGAAAAAUUUGCAAGUGAGCUGUUCGCGCAUGUACAAGCUGGUGUUGAUGAUGCUGCUGAUGUUAGCCACACUUUGAUGCAGAAUCUAGCUCUGAAUAAUGGCAACUACUACGAUAUUCUGUCCAAAGAGGUAAACUAA